AUGUCAAUUAAGGACGACACCAAGAUACUUUAAUAAUUUUUAAAGGAACUUCCUCAAGAUAUCGUUGUAAAACACAUAAAGACAGUCAAAGCAGGAUCCAAGAUAGAAAAGUAAAUAUAAACAUAUAUUUUAGUGUUAAAAGCACAAGAGUAUUUAGAAGUACAAAAUAAUUAAGUGCUGUAAAUGCAUAACUUCAUAAAACAUUGAAACAAUAAUCUACUUCAUUGGGAGAAGAGGUAAUUUAAGAUAUAAAGGAUGAAAUAAAUACAUUAAUAUAAACAUUGACACCUAAAUAUUAAGUUGGUGACAAACUUCAAUAAAUACAAGGAAUAGAAAAAAUUAAUUUUGGGGAAGAUAAUAGUGUAACAACUGCAUAGACAACAUUUUAAGUAGAAGAUGGUAUUGUUUAUUUAAUUGAUAUAUGGGUAAUAAUUAUAUAUUAUAUUUAUUUAGGCUACAUGGUGUGGUCCAUGUUAAGGUCCUAUGGAGCAUAAUUAAAAAAUGUUAGAAAAGAAUGCAGAUUGGUAGAAUAAGGUUAAGAUUGUAGCUAUUUCUGUUGAUGAUGAUACUGAAUCAGUAACAGAAAGAGUCAAUUCAAAAAAAUGGAAAUCCAUAGAACAUUAUAGAUUUGAAAAGGGUUGGGAUGAUGAAAAUGAUAUUAUUAAAUAUCUCUAACUUAGAGGAAUUCCAUUUGUUUUAUUAAUAAAUAAAUGGGGAAAAAUUGUUUAUUUAGGACAUCCUUCAAAAGGUAAUUUGGAAGAGAGAAUAAAUAAAGAAAUAGCACUUGAAAAAGAAGAAGAAUAAGUAGUUAAUCAAGAAAAUCAAGCAGCAAAUAAUAAUAAUUAACAAGAAUUAUUGACAAAAGAAUAAUACCAAUAAUUAAAAUAAAAAAUUAAAGAAUUAUAAACUGUUAUUUAGGAUGCCAAAUUUGAAGGAAUAGUAGAACUUUAAAUACAGAAAGAAAACUAUUGGAAUCAAGAUGGAUCUAAAUAAGUUAAAUAGAGAUCUAAAUUAUAACUUAGUUAUGAUAUUAAUGUUGCAGAAGAAGAAAAAAUUAAUACAUUCUUAUAAAAUCAUUGGAAUUAAAUUUCAGAUGAUUUGAAAGUUGUAAAAGAAUCUAAAAUUAGAGAUCCUUAAAGAUAAGUUAAAGAAAUCAAAGCUAAAUUUUAAUCAUAUUUUGAGAGUAAAGGUAUAAAAAUUUAAUUCCCAACCUCAUAAAUAACAAAUUUAAGUUUGAGUCAAGAAAAUUAAGAAAUAUCAGCUAAAGAAAAAUAGAGCAUCUCAAUUAAAUGUGAAAAUUUGACUUUAGAUGCUUAUAAAACUGGAUUAGAAGAUUUAAGAGAAUAUACUGAAUAAUUUGAAGAGGAAGAAAAUGAAGAAAUUAGAGAAACUAUUGAUUUAAUUAUUGAAGGAUUGAAAUCAAAUGUUACUCUUGGUGAGGGUAAAUAAUUUGUUACAAUUGAGAAUUAUAAAAAAUGGGGAUCAGAAGAAUUUACUACAAUAGAACAUACUUAAGGUUAAGUCUUAGUUGUUGAUUAUUGGGCUAAAUGGUGUGGUCCAUGUGUUAGAGAAAUAUCUAAUAACACUGAACUUAUCAAAUAAAAUUCAGAUAAAUGGGGUAAUGCAGUUAGAUUUGUUUCUUUGAGUUUAGUAUUAGCAGAUGAAGCUAAAGAAUUCAUGGAUUCUCAUUAAGAAAGUUAAAAAUAUAUUGAGUUUUAUUUCCCUAAAGAAUAAAGAUAAAAGGAUGCUACAUUAUAUGGAGUUCAAUAUAUUCCUCAUUACAUUAUAGUAGAUAAAUUUGGAACAAUUAGAAAAGUAGCUUAAAUCAGUGACAUGAAAACAAUUGUCAAUGAUUUGAUUAAUGAAGAAGCUCCAAAGAAAACUGUCGAAUAAGCUGAACCAGUAUUAUUUAAUUAAGAAUCUAUCAAUAAAAUCAAAGCCAUUCUUUUAAGUGAAGAAACUAAAACUUUAAUAAAAUCAAUUGAUAAAUAAAAAGUUAUCAUAUUUGAUCUUAAAAUAGAUUCAAAAUAAGUAGGAGAAUAAUAUUAAUUUGAAAAUGCUGAGCUAACUUAUUUUAUUAGAGACACUCAAGUUGAUAGUCUUAAAGAAAUUUUGAACAAACUUUAUUAGGUCAUUCCUGAAACUAAUUGGAAAAUUAAUAAAACAGUAUCAAAGACUGUUUCAAUUAAAUAUCCUGGAGCUGUUUGUGUGUUAUGUUAAAAAGAUAUUUCAAAGGAUGCUAAAUAAUAUUAUAGCUACUUUAAAGAUGAACAUGUUUGUACAGAAUGUGCAGAAUUUGAUGAUGAAACUAAGUAAGGAAUGGAAAGAUAUAAAUAUCAUGAUACAUUAAUAUUUAUUAAUGGCCCAUUAUAAGAUUUAUCUGUGUUAACAAAUAUAGAUGAUCAUAAAUUAGGAAAGAAUUUAAAGUUGAAAGAAGGUGAUAAAGCUGAUUAAAAUCAUCCUAUGAUGUGUAAUGGAUGUGGUGGAGGAUCCAAAGGUCCAAGAUAUAUUGCUGUUAAUGCUAGACCUGGUAGAUAUAGAGGAGGAGUAUAUAUUUAUUUUAUUCAUUUAGGGUUAUAUUGAUUAUUGUUGUAAAUGUUUUGCAGAAUUGAAGAAUAAGGAAUCUGAUAAAGCAAAAGAAAUUGUUGCAAAAGAUGUAGCAGAUGGAAUGUCUUCAGAUAGUUUAUUCACAAGAGUUCUAUUUAAUUAUGGAGGUUACACAGCAUUUUGAUU